GGCAUACGAGCGCCGGCCUCUUUCUCCGCGCGGAUCUCGUUGGAAGAAGGACGCAUAACACCACACCGGCACCAUGGGCAAAGGAAUGGACCCCGUCAGCUUUAUGAAGGAUUUCGCCGCUGGUGGCAUCGCCGCGGCCAUCUCCAAGACAGCUGUGGCGCCCAUCGAGCGGGUAAAGCUGCUGCUCCAGGUGCAGGCCGCGUCCAGACAAAUCUCCGCCGAGAACGCGUACAAGGGCAUGGUCGAUUGCUUUGUGAGGAUCCCAAGAGAGCAGGGCGUUCUGGCGUUCUGGCGUGGUAACCUUGCCAACGUGAUCCGUUACUUCCCCACCCAGGCCCUUAACUUCGCCUUCAAGGACAAGUACAAGCAGAUCUUCCUUGGUGGUGUGGACAAGAGGACACAGUUCUGGAGGUUCUUCCUGGGUAACCUUGCCUCUGGUGGUGCUGCUGGUGCCACCUCCCUCUGCUUCGUCUACCCCCUUGACUUUGCCCGAACCAGGUUGGCUGCUGAUGUCGGCAAGGGCCCCGAACAGCGUGAAUUCAAGGGUCUUGGUGACUGCUUGGUGAAGAUCUUCAAGGCUGAUGGCCUCAUCGGUCUGUACCGUGGCUUCGGAGUGUCCGUCCAGGGUAUCAUCAUCUACCGUGCCGCCUUCUUUGGCUUCUACGACACAGCCAAGGGCAUGCUGCCCGACCCCAAGGCUGCCGGCCUCAUCGUCUCCUGGAUGAUCGCUCAGACCGUGACGACGAUCUCUGGUAUUAUCUCCUAUCCCUUCGACACUGUGCGUAGGCGCAUGAUGAUGCAGUCUGGACGCAAGGGAGGUGACAUCAUGUACAAGAACACCAUUGACUGCUGGAAGAAGAUUGCCAAGCAGGAGGGAACCGCUGCGUUCUUCAAGGGUGCAUUCUCCAAUGUCUUGCGUGGCACAGGUGGCGCUCUGGUGCUGGUCCUCUAUGACGAGAUCCAGGUCAUUCUCUUCGGCUCUAAGUCUGGCGGCGGCGAGUAAGAUCAAGUGACUGUCACAACACUUCUCCAGGAUGCCAACAGAGGAACUACACAGGCUGCGGGGGGAGGAAGGGUCGAGGGCUGGGUGUGUACAAAUAGCUGCUGUGGCCUCGGGCCCAACCUCCGUGUGUAUAGUUGAUAGUGAUGUGAACUAUACUUCCUCUGUCCAGAAAAUAGAUCUACUGAUUGAUGGCUCUUGUUCAUAUUUUAUAUUCAGUUAAAGCCCUUUGAAAUGGGAUCCUAGGAUAUAUAGUUUGUACAGAAUCAUGAUCAAUGCAUAAAGCCUCACCUUAAUUUUCAAUGGCAAAACCAUUCCUGUAAAAUUAUAAGUUCAAUAAAAAUUGUAAACUUGAAA